AUGGUAUACUUGGGUAAUAAGAUUUUUAGAGGGAAGAAAGAGCAGGAAUUGUACGAUAAGACGUUUGCGGGUAGAUACCAAAAGGCGUUCAGGAGGAACCACUUUGUAUAUUUUGGAUUACCGUUUAUGUUAUCAAUUGUUGCCGGAUCAAUCUACUUACAAAAAUUUACAUCAACGAAAUGGGAAGCUUACGAUGAGAAAUACAGACAGAUCAACGAAGAAGAGAUGUUGAAAAUGGUGGAAAAUAAACGACAAGUUGAUAAGAAGAAUGAUUACUAUAGGUUACAGGGCCUUCUCAACGACCAUUUAAGUAGCGAGGUGAAAUCCAAUGACGAUUACGAAAUAGUAAGAGUUCAAAGAAAGAAGGAGGAUGAACCAGUUUGGUGA